AAUCGAAUCAGUAAACUCUUCAUCGGUGGCGCCAUUUCAGAAGUUAGCAACAUAAACUAAACAGGCUACAAAGUAAAACGUAAUAAUAAUAUAAAAUGGCGAAAUUAAUGGUACUCUCGGUUUUGGUUGUAGCUGUAGCUGUACUGAUUGGAGAGAGAUUUAUUGCGUUAAGAAAUACCUUAUUGGUUUUUAGAGAACUCGCCCAAAAUCACCUCCCUAACUGUGAGUUUAUCAAAGGAAUAGAGUUUGGAGCUGAGGAUAUCACUGUACUUGACGAUGACCUGGCCUUUAUAAGCACCGGUAUUAAGUACCCAGGUAUGCCUCGUUUUACAGACGAGCCUGGAAAGAUCUACAUGCUAAAUCUGCCCUCUGGAGCUGGUCUUAAAGAGCUCCACAUCAAGGGAGACUUUGACACAGCUUCGUUUGGCCCACAUGGAAUCAGUCUAUAUACAGACGAAGAUGGCUCUCGAUAUUUAUUUGUGGUGAAUCAUCCACAUGAGAACAGCCAAGUUGAGAUAUUUCAGUAUGUCGAAGAGGAAAGCACUCUUGUGCACAAGAAGACUAUAAAGCAUGAGUUGCUGCAUAAUGUGAACGACAUCGUAGCUGUGGGAGUGGAGCAUUUCUACGCCACCAAUGAUCAUUACUUCACCCACGGGCCCCUGAAGCUUCUGGAAGCGCUGUUCUCCCUGUCCUGGUGUGAUGUGGUGUAUUACAGUCCUGAAGCAGUUCGAGUUUUGGCAGGAGGAUUUUACGGUGCCAAUGGCAUCAACAUCUCUCCUGACAAAAAGCAUUUGUAUGUGUCAGAUUUAAUGAGUCACAAAAUUGUUGUGCUGAACAUCCAGAAAGGCAACACACUGUCCCGCGUGAAGGAAGUUGAUGUAGGAUCCCUCUGUGACAAUAUUGAAGUGGAGAGUAAAACUGGAGACUUGUGGAUGGGAUGCCACCCGAAUGGAGCCAAAAUUUUGCAAUUUGAUCCAAAUGCUUCAGCUGGCUCAGAGGUCAUCCGUAUACAGAAUAUCCUCUCUGAAGAGCCAGUGGUGACUCAGGUAUACGCUGAUAACGGCAGCGUGCUCAUAGGAUCGUCAGUGGCUACUCCAUAUAAAGGGAAACUCCUUAUAGGAAGCGUGUUCCAAAAAGCCCUGAUAUGUGACCUUGAUUAGAACAUGUACUUAAACAUCUAACACCGAUCUGCAUGGCUGAAGUGCCUCACAUACAGGCAGGUGGCAAAUGAAAGGGAAGAGUGUCUUACUAAAGUGUUAAAACACCACAAGCCUCCAGAAUAACAUCAUUGUGCUUUCUGCAAGUCUCUGGAGCUGUACUAGAGCAAAAGACACCAUUCUUUCCGAAGCUAUUCUCUCAAUUGGUGUCUUCUUUCAUCAUUUACUUUUCUUUGUCACCCACCUGUAGGUGUUUCCUACAUCACGAAAUGUGUUCUUGCAGUAUCAGGUGUAUUUAUAAGCGCUACUGAAUUCUCUCAGACAAAAUAAAGUCAGAAUUUGUCAUACCAUCCAUAUAUAAGCUUCUAAAUCAACAUAAUUAUAUUGACUCAGCUUCUAAUAUUGGCUCCAGUUGAUUUCUGUAUAGUGCGUAGUUUCCGGAUCCAGCGUGAGCCUGAAUGCACUUGGUGUAGAUAAAUUAAUGGAAAAGGGUUGUUUUUAAAAUACUUAUUGUGUUAAAUUCAUUGAUUACACAGGAAUGAAGUAAUAAACAUUUAAAAUAAAAAAACCCCAGAUAUAUAGGCCUAGCAUGAAUGUACUAAGAUUUCUACAUUCUAAGUAAAUGAAAGUUACUAUAAAGACACAAAAUAUUAAGUAACAUUGAGCUUAAUUACACUGAUGGUAAAAGGGCUUUGUUGAUUGAGAUUGAGAACACAGUCUCAGGUUAAGUUCCAUGUCUGGAAUUGUGGUAAUAUUAAUUCAACACUUUUUCCUACCCACUUAGAAGAUAACAUUACAGAGUAUUGAUUUGUGUUUACUGUGUUGUCUUUGAUUUGUUUCACAGCCACUGUGAUAUUUUUUUUUUUAUAGCUGAUUACUGUGAAGUCUAAUGUUGCACAAUGCUAUGUUCAAAUAAACAUCACCAUUUGCCUCUUUA